AUGGGCACUGAGAGUGAUUACCAGGCGCUGCCAAGUGGCGAAGACGUUGAAUUUGUCUCGCGAAGACGCAAGCAGACUUUAUGGACUAGUAUUUUCGCUGGACUGUUCUUUGUUCAAUCAGCAGCGGUCUGGGGUUUGCUAUGGGCCAACUUCCGUCCAAACACCGCGAUUCUGACGGGAGCGAGUGUACAGAGUAUCCCCGUUUUCGAUACAGACUAUUAUCAAGAUGAGAUGCAGGGCUGGGUUCCAUACAUCACCAAGGCUUUUAACAACCACAUCCGCCCCGACAGGCAUAAUGAGCGCUACAUAAUCGAGUUCGAGGACGGGGAACCAGAGUACGUGGGUGAGCCCCGGCCGGAGAUCGAUGGGGCUUGGGAAGAAAUAUUGUCUGGUGCGUAG